AUUAAUUUAUCUCGAGUGACUAAUUUAUCUUCCACCGAAACGCUUCUUACAUCCAUCACAGCACAAACUUCAAUGCAGCUGGAGCAGCAAGAGCAAUCACUCCUCCCUCUGAUGCUGCUAGUUAGUAAAUCACCACUCACUCUCACGCUUCUUCACAGCUAAGGUAACUUCAACCUCAGCUACCGAUCUAUCACACACAUAAAUAAUCUUUUACCCGUAGCUCAUCUUUCCAGAUCUAGUACUUCCACUUAAUUCUACUAGCUCUUCUUGUUUUUUUUUUUCUAUAAAUCUUGUACACCCUAAUCUAGAUUUGAUUGUAAACUGAAAUGUGGGGCCGGUCUACGUUAUCCCGGACCGGGAGUUUCCGGCCGGAGAAUCUGGGUCAGAAUGCCCUGGCUAUGAUUGGUAAUCUUUGUUUCACAUUGUUUGUGCUUGUUGUUCUUGUGUUUACGAUUAUCGCCGCUACGUAUGAGCCCGAAGACCCCUUGUUUCACCCCUCUAGCAAGAUCACUAACUUUUUGACUUCUGACUUGAAUGCCACUUUUAAGUCGGAUAGUACUGUUGUGAAGACGGGGGAGGAUUUUAUGGCCCCCAAUCAGACGGUGUUCGAGACUACUUUUAUUAAUGUCACUGAUGUUAAUUUGGGGGUUCCGUUGAGGGAGGAUAUUAAUGCGGAUGAGGUUACGCCGUUUGAGUGUGAGUCGCAGAUGGGGAAGCCGAUUGAUUGUACGGAUCCGGCUGUGUUUAAUUUGUUGAUGACGUCUGCGAUUGAGGAGUUUAAGGAUAUUCAUUUUUAUCGGUUUGGGAAGCCGGUGAGGGGGUAUAAUGAUAGUUCCUGUCAUAUGGCGUGGAGGUUUAGGCCCAAGGAGGGGAAGACGGCGGCGUUUUAUAAGGAUUAUCGUAGCUUUGUGAUCCAUAGGUCUGAUAAUUGUACUUUGAGUGUGGUGAGGAUUGGGGAUUAUCAUUCUGGAGGGAAUGCUAGGAAGAGAAAGAGGAAUCAGAGGCCUGGUUUCGAGAAGCCGCAAAUGAAUCAAGAACAGCAGGGUGCUGCUUUGCCUGUUGUUGGGGAGUUUGUGAAUGAUACGUUACCUGCGAUUGAAACAGAGGGAUCAUUCAGUAGUGGGAAGUACUUACUAUACGAUGGAGGUGGAGAGAGGUGCAAGAGCAUGGAUCACUAUUUAUGGAGUUUCAUGUGUGCUUUGGGAGAGGCUCAGUAUCUGAAUAGGACGCUUGUGAUGGAUAUGAGCAUUUGCUUGUCUUCGAUCUAUACUUCCUCGGGUCAGGAUGAAGAACAGAAGGAUUUCAGAUAUUACUUUGAUUUUGAGCAUUUGAAGGAGUCCGCUUCUGUGCUAGACCGGACUCAGUUUUGGGUAGAUUGGAACAAAUGGCACCAGAAAGACGGACUAGCUCUCUUCCUUGUGGAUGAUGUUAAGAUCACGCCAAUGAAACUGGCAGACGUGCAAGAUACUUUAGUGAUGAGGAAAUUUGGCUUGAAUGAGCCGGACAAUUACUGGUACAGGGUGUGUGAAGGAGAAGCGGAGUCUGUUAUUCAACGGCCUUGGCACAUGAUAUGGAAAUCCAGAAGGUUGAUGGAUAUUGUCUCCGCAAUUGCUACAAAAUUGAAUUGGGAUUUUGACUCUGUUCAUGUUGUCAGAGGGGAGAAGGCUAGAAACUUGGAACUUUGGCCUAAUCUGGCAGCAGAUACUGCCCCUGAAGCUCUAAUAUCCACCUUGCAAGAGAAAGUUGAUGAAGGGAGGAACCUGUAUAUUGCAACAGAUGAACCAGACACCUCCUUUUUUGACCCUCUAAAGGACAAAUUUUCCACUCAUUUUCUGGAUGAAUACAAAGAGCUUUGGGAUGAAAACAGUGAGUGGUAUUCUGAGACCAUGAAGCUCAACAGUGGUGUUCCCGUUGAAUUUGAUGGAUACAUGAGGGCUUCUGUUGACACAGAAGUUUUCUUGAGGGGCAAAAAGCAGAUUGAGACUUUCAAUGACCUUACCAGGGACUGCAAGGAUGGUGUUAACACUUGCAGUACUGCCAGCUAACUUUUUACUUGUGGGCUAAGAACUCGAUGCUGCUAGAUAUAGUACUCGUCACUUUUACCACUAGGUACCUGUGUUGAUUCUGCAAUUUAUUUCUUGUUGAAGUGGUAGCAUAUUUGAAUACAUUUUCCUGGAGUAUUGUACCUUGGAUAAUUACACUGUUGCUUGAUUUGUAUUUGUUGAUCAUAAUUGUGCCUGCUCUACCGUUUCUCCUAUUUAUUAUUGUUUCGAUCCA